GGAGGGGUGUGAUGGGGAUGUGGCGUUUCGGGGAAAGUCUACUCGGCAGCGAUUGGAGAGGAAAAAGAAAGUCAGGAGAAAAACACGCGAUAGCGAGUGCGCCUUCACUGACACAGCUGUGCGGGCGGUGCGGUGGAUCACUGCAGCUGCAGUGCUGUAGUCCGGAACCAGAGGCAGCACCGACCAAAGUCCUUCUACCCUGAGCUCAGCAGCCUCGGGCGGUGCAGCCUUACACCAGGAUCCUUUCGCUCACCGAAGAUGCCUGUGUAUCCCAAUGACGUGAUGCACUUGGUGAAUCAUCUUUCACAGGUGGAGAAGAUACAGGUUGCAGUGAAAGGGUCUGCAAAGGGAGCAGCUGUGGCUUGCAUAACAGCGUUUGCUGGCGGGCUGUUCGGUGGGCCUCCCGGAAUUGCAGUUGGUGGUGCGGUUGGUGGAUUGCUGGGUGCCUGGAUGACCAGUGGACAGUUUAAACCAUUGCCUCAGAUUCUUAUGGAACUGCCACCAAACCAACAGCAGAUGCUUUUGACCGAUGUGCAAAAUGUUGUCCGGCACCUGGACUGGACUGACGCAGCACAGCUCAUCGCAUUAGUGAUGGGAAAUCCCACACUAAAGAUCCGGGUGCUACAAGCAAUCAAAUUGUUUUUUCUAAACCAACUCAAUGCCGAAGUGCGAUAUCCAGAGUGAAAUCUACAUAGAUUCCGCGUGCCUUUGCCCAUGAAUCUCAAUGGCGGUAGGUUGGUUGCAAUCUGGAAAAUAAUAACUUUUACCAACAUUAAUUCAAGCCUUUGUGAAGGAUAUAAUUUGGCCUUAGAACUAUGUUGACAACUGGCAGAUGACAUGAAGUGUCAAAACUAUUUAAAUGUUCAUUUAUCCCCAGAAGCAAUAUUCCUAAAUAGCUACUGUAAAUUUAUAACCAUGGUAUUCUCUCAUUGACAUACAUAAUGAAAUGGAAUCAUACUAACUAUCUAAACAAUAAUAUAGGUUUCUUAAGGCCUGUUUGACAGUAAUUAGUAUUUACGGUACAAAGGUGCUGUUCGAAAGAAUUUGCCAGGCAACGAUGUAAUGAUGCACAAUGGACAGAUCCAUGCUGGCAAACUUGUGACAGAAGAGACCUCAGACUCUCUGAAAGUAAAAGCACUACACAAAUGCUCCCCUUCCCACACCUCCUUGUUAAUUAUAAUGAUUAAAAAGUGCAUUCUGCAUUGGGAAGUACAUCAUUCCUCACUGUAAAGAAGGCAAUCCUGUUCCAACAACUAACACUAAUUCUUAAAGAAUAUGCUGACAAGGUGAACAUAGUGUCACUGUACAAUACACCGAAAGUUUUGAAGCGUCACUCCUGUUACAUGGGUCCCAGAACUAAAUGGAAAGCAGCCAGCCAACAGCACCAGCAAAGCCAGAUAAGUGGCGUCUCUAACAAAGAAUGUCACAACACAGGAAUAGUAGGUUACCAAUACUAUCAACAAAGUGACCAGUGCAGGGAUAUUAGAUUCCAAUGUAGACCCAGCUAAGCAGCAAAAAUAGUUUGAUUGAGUGUGAUAGCAAAUUUCUGGCCAUUUCCUACAUGGACGAGUAGCAGUGAUGAGCCUCUACAACCAGACCUGGGUCAUCCACCAGCUUCAAUAGAUCAUCAGGGAUCUCAGUAGGUACACCAAAUCCGUCUGGCCAUUGAAGAGGCAUUACUGCAUUCACUGCAGGCUCCAACUAGCGGGCCAUGCAAGAGCAGUGUGUGUGGACAUUGGUAGAAGAAUUUGCUUGCUUUUAAAAUAGGUUUUGUAAUUAGGAAAUAAAACUGAAGCUGGUCAUCCUGCAUUUUACCAUAUACAUGCUGUCCCACUUUGAAAAGCAAUUCCAUUUUGAAGCCAAGUAAGAUGCAACGACAAUUAAAAUUUAUUGCAGUGACAAA